UCAUACAGAUUAUGCUCAGUGAACGUUCGAUCAGAUGCAGAAGUAUACAUUGUAUUACAUUCGAUCAGAUACAGAAGCAUGCCUUGUAUGCUCAAAAGAAAAGAAUGUUGAGAAGAAGAACAUCAGUAAUUUUUCUCUGUCUGUGCGUUGCUUUGUCUUUACAUUAUUAUCAAGCAUUCAUCAAUAUUUUCAUAUUUAACAGACAGCUUCUAUAUAAACGACAACAACAGCAGCAACAACAAGAAUGUUUUAAGAACAGAUUUGAAAACACUCUUCUUAUCAUAAUCUUCAACUUCGGACUUUAUGAUCACAUCCCACUCCUUAAAAAGCUGUACCAGACUACCUUUCCAAACAUUGUGUUUUGCGGACCGACCAUGUCGCAUAAUUUUACCAUUGUCACCGCUGAUAUUUACAAUGGUUACUUUAGCUACCAUUGCUUACCCAUGAUUAUGCGUAAUUAUGCAAAUUAUGAUAAUUAUUCUGGAUAUUUAUUUAUAAACGAUGAUGUGUUGUUAAACUUCUGGAAUUUGCCAAGAUUGGACACAAAUGAAAUCUGGGAAGGUCCAAAGAAGCCUAUUAGUGUUGGUACAUUUCACAGACCAGAUCAUUGGUAUUGGUGGGGAAGCAGAUGGGGAUUAAAGAACUGUAUAAAAACUUUAAAUAAAACUCGAGUGUCGGGAGAAAAUCAUGUUGCUGAAUUUUAUAACACUUUAAGAAAAAACAACAAGAAUGGCCAUAAACAAUGCUACGGUGGCCGAUCCGAUGUAUUUUACAUACCGCGAAGAUUUUUACACCAAUUUGUGUACUUAGCCAAAAUGUUUCGCAGUAGUGACGUAUUUCUUGAAAUUGCUGUUCCGACAAUACUGCGCAUGCUCGAUAACCAGAGCAAAUUCCAACAUCUUAAAGGCGUUUACUUACCUGGAAGGGCUGGAACCGAGCCAGUUGUUAAUAGCAACUAUCUAUGGAGUGUGUAUAAUGCUGACCUAGACUUUAUACAUCCAGUAAAACUUCACUACGGCGAAAAUUCGACGAAAAAUUAUCUCAUUCUUGAGACUUUUAUUCAGCCAAAAAUCAACAAACUUGUUCAUUGUUAAACAUUGUUGAUUGUUUUUACUCUAACUUUUGCACAAUUAUUUGUGAACUAUUCCAAAGAAACCAGACAACACCAACCUGGUACAAACGUCUUUGUCAAAAAGAGACAAAAGACUUUCGUUAGUAAGAACCUCUUGCUAACCAUAUAAAAUUCGCUGAAGUUUGUGAGUAGUGUUGCAGUCAUAAAAGGAGUAUUUGUUAUUAUCCUACUAUAGCUGACGAUUUAAAAAGUAAUUUGAAAGACGAACUUGUAUACGUUGAAACAAGGCUGAGUAUUUGGCUACGUAAUCUGUAGUUUCACAAAAAUCUUUUUUUUUUCCUCCCCAAGCCCCUUUUACCUUCCCAACGCCCCCCUUCC